GUAUCAUUAACUAUUUCUUUAUUUUGUGUGAGGAACUUAUCAUGAAUCCACUGGUUUCUCUUCUGCUGCUUCGGUUAUUGCUGCUGGGUUGGCUGUUGGCUUGCUUCUAUUGGACCUGGGGUUGGUCAAGGUACAGCUGCGGGUCAAGCUGUCGAAGGUAUCGCGAGACAACCUGAGGCAGAAGGAAAAAAUACGAGGUACUUUAUUGCUUAGUUUGGCUUUUAUGGAAGCUUUAACAAUUUAUGGCCUAGUUUAGCAUUAGCGCUUUUAUUUGCGAAUCCUUUGUUUAAUCCUAGAAAUAAUAAAAUUAGGAAUUUUUUUUUUUCGUAGUUUUUUUUAUUCUAUCAAGAUUUCACUCCUACAAUUAUUCAUUGAGACAAACAACCCUUGGAAGGACUAAUUUGAGGAUGGGGAAUUAACACAUCGAUUCGCUUUCUUCCUUCCCCUUCCUUUUUCUUUAUUAAUGGAAUUUUUUUUUUAAGGAGUGUUGCGCAAAAAGGAGGUUUAGGUUUUUUAAAAUUGAUAUAAAACUUGGUCUCAAAUUCUAGCUUAAUUUUAAUUAAGUCUCAUUAUUAUUAUUGAAAAUUAAAAAUUUUUGGAAAAUAAAUUUGUAAAUAGAAUAGGUUUUUGAUUCUGUUUAUAAAUAUCCCAAUAGGUAAAUUAAUUAUAAAUUAUUAAACGAAAUUUUCUUUUUUCUUUUAUUCAAAAAAACAAAGAAUAAAAAAAAAAAGGACAGAGUUCUUUUUUUUUAUAGUUUAGCUAGAAGAGGAGAUUAUAUGAAAAAUUUAACCGUCUUUCGUUUUACUUGGGUCACUCACUGCCAUCCGCCGGGAGUUUCGGGUUUAAUACCGAUAUUUUAGCAACAAAUCCAAUAAAUCUAAGUGUAGUCUUCGGUGUAUUGAUCUUUUUUGGAAAGGGAGUGUUAAAUGAUUUAUUAGAUAACCGAAAGCAGAGGAUAUUAAAUACUAUUCGAAAUUCAGAAGAACUACGUGAAGGAGCUAUUCAACAAUUAGAAAACGCCCGAGCUCGCCUGCGUAAAGUAGAAAUGGAGGCGGAUCAGUUUCGCGUAAAUGGAUACUCUGAAAUCGAACGAGAAAAAGUAAAUUUGAUUAAUUCAACUUCUAGGACUUUGAAACAAUUAGAAAAUUACAAAAACGAAACCAUUCUUUUUGAGCAACAAAGAACAAUUAAUCAAGUCCGUGAACGGGUUUUCCAACAAGCUUUACAGGGAGCUAUAGGAACCCUAAAUAGUUGUUUGAGUAAUGAGUUACAUUUACGUACUAUUAAUGCAAAUAUUGGUAUGUUUGGUACGAUGAAAGAAAUUACUGAUUAGCUCUUUCCUUACGAUUAUGAUAGGCAUUAUUUUUUUUUUUCUUCCAAAAAGAAUUAGGACAAUACUCAUGGUAACCAUUAAAGCCGAUGAAAUUAGUAAUAUUAUCCGUGAACGUAUUGAGCAAUAUAAUAGAGAAGUGACGAUUGUAAAUACCGGUACCGUACUUCAAGUGGGCGACGGCAUCGCUCGGAUUUAUGGUCUUGAUGAAGUAAUGGCAGGUGAAUUAGUAGAAUUUGAGGAGGGUACUAUAGGUAUUGCCCUUAAUUUAGAAUCAAAUAAUGUUGGUGUUGUAUUAAUGGGUGACGGUUUGAUGAUCCAAGAAGGAAGUUCAGUCAAAGCUACGGGAAAAAUUGCUCAGAUACCCGUGAGUGAGGCUUAUUUGGGGCGUGUUAUAAACGCCUUGGCUAACCCUAUUGAUGGUCGAGGUAAGAUUUCAGCUUCUGAAUCUCGGUUAAUUGAAUCUCCUGCCCCAGGUAUUAUUUCGAGACGUUCUGUAUAUGAGCCUCUUCAAACAGGACUUAUUGCUAUUGAUUCCAUGAUCCCUAUAGGACGCGGCCAGCGGGAAUUAAUUAUUGGUGACAGACAGACCGGUAAAACAGCAGUAGCCACAGAUACAAUUCUCAAUCAACAAGGUCAAAAUGUAAUAUGUGUUUAUGUGGCUAUUGGUCAAAAAGCUUCUUCCGUGGCUCAGGUAGUGACUAGUUUACAGGAACGAGGGGCAAUGGACUACACUAUUGUGGUAGCUGAAACGGCUGAUUCCCCAGCUACGUUACAAUACCUCGCGCCUUAUACAGGAGCCAAGCUACUCAGAAUCAAUUGGCAAGAGGUCAACGAUUGCGUGAGUUACUGAAACAAUCCCAAUCAGCCCCUCUCACAGUGGAAGAACAGAUAAUGACCAUUUAUACCGGAACAAAUGGUUAUCUGGAUGGAUUAGAAAUUGGACAAGUAAGAAAAUUUCUCGUUCAGCUACGCACUUAUUUAAAAACAAAUAAACCUGAGUUCCAAGAAAUAAUAGCCUCUACCAAGACAUUAACCGCUGAAGCAGAAAGCUUUUUGAAAGAAGGUAUUAAAGAGCAACUGGAACGUUUUCUACUUCAGGAGAAAUUAUAAAAAUAGAAAUAUAUUUAAGUUAAGUCUAUAUAUAAUAUAUAUAAGUAUAGAACUAAUAUCUGUAUAUGUUUAAUAUAAAAUCUUAAAGCAUUCAGAAUUUAUUUCUUAUUAUAUUUAUUUUUUAUAAAUUUUCUAAACAGAAUAAAAUAUUCUUAUAAUAUAUAGAAAUGGAAAUAAUAGAUAAAUAUCAAUAUAUUUAUAUCUAUAUUGAUAUUGCGUCCAAUAGGAUUUGAACCUAUACCAAAGGUUUAGAAGACCUAUGUCCUAUCCAUUAGACAAUGGACGCUUUUCGCUUUUUUUAACUUCCCAUUUGUUAAAUGUGCGAAAUCUUUUUAGCAAUUGUGUAGUGAAUUCACUACACAAUUGCUAUUAGACAAUUCUAAUAGAGAAAAUUGUCUCUAAUAAAAAGGGGACAAUUUAGAAUUUAGAGCGGGUAGCGGGAAUCGAACCCGCAUCGUUAGCUUGGAAGGCUAAGGGUUUUAGUCGACGUCGAUCGAUCAGUUUUAUAUUUUUAACGUCUCUAAUUCAAAACCGAACAUGAAACUUUGGUUUCAUUCGGCUCCUUUAUGAUGGAUGGCGAAAUUCCCAAAUAAAAUAAGAUGGGAACUAAAUCAAAAUUUGACUCAUAACAUCUAUGUUAGCUUUUUUCCCGUUUGGAGGCUUUCCCAGAAAAAUUUUGCUUUAUAGAUGAUCCUUCUAGAAGAUAGAAAAGGCGAACUCAAAAAAUCUUUCUAGUUACUUCGUUCUUUAUUUCUAUUUAACGGAAUCCUUAGGAAAAGUAUUUUGUUUCCACCGAGCUAAAACAAUAUAAUAUGUCGAUGUCUUUAGUAAACCAAAGUUCUCGUUUAAUAGCUAUUUUGCUUCAAUUUUUUCUAUACCAAACAAAAAAUAGAACUGAAGAUUUAGUUACGAUUAGAAAGAAACUUUUCUGGCUUUAUCCAUGGAUCCUCUUGUUAUACUUAUUGAAUUGUAAAUAGUCAUCCAAUUCAAAAAUUAUGUUUCGAAAUUUCAUAAUCCAAAUUGACAAUUAAUUAGAGUCUUUGGAUACAAAUUACGAGAAUCUAUAAUCUUCCUUGAAUUUUUCAUUGAAAGGUAAAGGACUAAAUCCUUUUCAGAAAUAAAGUUUUUGAUCGGAAGAUUAAUCAAACCGAGAGACCCUUUAACUAUUAAAGGGGUUAAAGGAACGAAUCACACUUUUACCACUAAACUAUACCCGCUACAAUCCAAUUAUUGUAUAUAAAUUUACUUUUUGUCGAACAAAGUAAUCGGGAGAAAAAAAAUCUGAAAAAAAAAUGAGAAAAUUCUAGCGUAGACUUAAUAAAAUUAGGCAAAGCAGGAUUCCUUUUUUUUAUUUCAGAUCUUUUUUGUCUAAAAACCCAUCGGAUGGGUCUUUUUAACUUUAACAAAAAAAGGCCCGGCUGGGGACUGACCAGGCCAGGCUAUUAAAAUAAAAAAGAUCUUUUAUUUGUGUUUGGACGAGACAAAAUCAAAAAGGAUUCUCUAUUUCUAUUUUUGUGAUUUUAUUUAUUUCUCUUUCGAGCCUUUUCUUUAUUGAAUCUUUAUUUACAGUUUUUAUGUAAAUAGAAUUACUGAGAAAGUUCUAUAAAAAAGGUUAUAUAAUAGUAAUAUAUAUAUAUAUUAAUUAUAUAUAAAUAUAAAUAUUAUAUAAAUAUUAUUUAUAUAAUAAAAAAGAAAAAAUAAUAUUAUAUUUUUUAUAUAUAAUAAAAUAAUAUAUAUAAUAAAAUAUAGAAAAUGAAAAUAUAUAUAUAAUUAAAGUAUUAUUAAAGAUAAAGAAUAAUCUAAAAAAAAAAACUUUUUUAAGAAUAAAGUGGAGAAAGUUUUUUUUUAAGCCGUUUUUUUGUCUAAUGGAACCUAAAAAGUAUUCCUUUUCGAUUAGGAGAGAUGGCUGAGUGGACUAAAGCGUUGGAUUGCUAAUCCAUUGUACGAGUUAAUCGUACCGAGGGUUCGAAUCCCUCUCUUUCCCUUCCCCUUUUUGAUGAUGUGAAAUAGAUAAAAUCCUAAUAAAAUUCGCACAUUUCCACUAUUUAAAUAUUAAAUAAAGUAAUAAAAAACCUUUCUUUUUUAUUCUUCACGUCCCGGAUUACGUCCUGGAUCAUUAGAUAGGAAUCCAAAUAUGAAGAGAGAAACAAAGAAUAUAACUACAGUGUAUACAAAAAGUUUGAGAGUAAGCAUUACACAAUCUCCAAGAUCUUACUUUUUUU